AUGUCUUCCCGAUUCCCCCCAUCGUCCGGGUUCAAUUCCCGUGACCGUUCUCCGCAGCGAUUUGGAGACCGUCGCCCCCCCAUCGGUCCUCGUGGUCCUGACGACGGACCUGCACCAUUUGGGAGAGAUCCACCGCGUGGUCCUCGGGCACUUGUUGAUUCCCCUCGUGGUGGCCAUUUUGGUGGUCGUGGCAGGGGUUAUGGCCGUGGUGACUUUCGGGACCGAGACCGAGACCCACGAGAGCGCGACCGAGAUCGCGAAUUUCGAGACAACCGCGAUGGUCCGCCAUUUCGCCGAGAUAUGGACCGGGAGUGGGUUCGCCGUGACCGCGAUUUUGAUCCCCGAGACAAUCGGAUUGGCUUUGGCCGAGGUCGCUCAAGAUCACCGACGCGCGACUUUCGGGACAUAAGGGAGCCCCCAGGCCGCGAUUUUGAUUUGGUUCGGAUGCGACGAAACUCGAGAGAUAGUAUCAUAUCCGCAUCUUCGGGCGGCCCAGAAGGUCCUCCUCCCAAUGGUGGCCAUAUACACCGAGGAGGCAUGCGAGGGCGUGGUCGCGGAGAUUGGGAAGGAGGCCGCGGUCGUGGUCGUCCACCCUUCCUCGAUGAUCGUGAUAUUUUCCGUCGCCGCAGUCGUUCCCGCGAACCGUGGCGUGGACGUGAUCGGAUGGUGGAUCGCGAUAGAGAUCGAGAUAUGGACCGGGAUCGUGCAUUGGAUCGCGAUCGGAUGAUGGAUCGUGAUCGUGACCGUGACCUUCCACGUCCGAGAGAUCGAGAUCGAGAAUUAGAUCGCGACUUGGAUCGUCGAGAUCGCUUUGACCGUCGCGACGAUUGGGAUAACCGACGACCUGAUCGCGAGGACCGUGAUCGCCCAGUGGACUUUUGGAAACGAGAGCGCCCCCCAAGUCGUGCAGAUAGCCGCGCAGCUAGUGGCUCAACCACUUCCUCACAUCCUCCUACAGCACCUGGCCCUGGACCUGGACCAGCCAUAGCAGAUCGCCUGUCUGACCACACCCAAGUGGACCAUGGUCGAAAACCUCCGAGCAUUCCCAGCACAGCGGCUCUGGAACCUACGCGAGAUUCUGAGCGAAACGACCCUGUUGCUGUUCGACCUAGUACUCGACCUGAUGCUGUUCGACCUGAUCCUCUUCGCCCUGAUGCUGCUCGGCCUGAUGCUAUUCGACCGGAUGCUGUUCGACCGGAUGCUGUUCGCCCUUAUGCUCCUCGACUGGAUGCUGUUCGCUCCGAUGCUCGACCGGAUGCUCCUCGACCAGACGCCGCUCGCCCUGAUGCUAUGAAGAACCCUGGACCUAUCAUUCGGAACUCACCACCUCCAGCCGCCCCCCAGGUGCCUGCCUUUGGCUCGGUGACUGCCCCAAUUACGAAUGUUUCCUCAAAUAAAGAUACUUCAGACCAACGCACGGCGCCGAAUUCUACUUUUCCCACAGAGAGAGACCGCUAUGAAGUCCUACAACGACAACCGGCCCAACCUCCUACAGGGCCCAAGGCAGAAAGGACCGAGAUCACACAACCUCUUGAGCCUCGCAGCCGUCCAGAAGGACCCCGGGAGGCUGGCAAGCAGCAAGUUGCGCAUCAUCGGCUCUCUAAACCAUCUAUCAAUUUUCCUGAUGUAUCACCGCCCACCGCUCCAGCUGCCAUGACUCGGCCAGAUUCGGGGGUAGGACCCAAUGAAGGAUUUGGCGGCGCGAGGUCGAACUCACUCACCUCUUCCCCUACCUUUGCACGGAUUCCACCGCCUGCCCCACGCGCAUUAUCCCGUGAGCCCUCUAUGUCGCCUCGAAUGCAACCGUCUGGCAUUCCAACCGGCCCUCGAGCAUUUCAAUGGAAGGCUCCCUCCCCGCGUGGUCGCAAAGGCAGCAAGCAGUGGGUGCGACCUGGCUACGGCCGAACACCUUCUAUUCCUAAUACACUGCCGAAACAAGAGCCUGCUGAUGAGAGCGAAGGUGUUUCCCCUGCCAACGAAACCACGCAGCCUCUAUUACCACCUGAGAUAGACGAGCCUGAGAGUGGCGAGAUUCUCCCCCAUGAACCUGCGAGAGAACCUUCCCCCGUUUCCCCGUCGUUGAACCUCCCACUCCGUCGUAGUUUAUCGGUCGUCGACGUUCAAACGAGUGAUGCCAAGGAACCCUCUGAGCAGGGCGGCACUGAUAAACCCGCCUUGAUACCAAACUUUGAAGGUUCAAGUGACGAGGAAGACGGGGAGAACAUUGUUUUCACCCAGGAGUAUCUUGAUGAAAGAAAGCGGAUCUUUGAAAAGGAUAUGGAGUCCCUCCGAGCAGAAUUGCCUCCAUCACCUUUGGAAGAUUCUGCCAUUGUCGCUCUUUUGCUUAAAAUCCAGUUACUUGGAAUGGUAGCCAACGAAGAGAGAGUUGAACGAGUGUUGGGACGGUCAGUGGAUCCUUUGCCUUCAGUAGAGGAUGAAGAGUCAGCUGAGCAUCCAAGCACUGAACGAGUGGUCCCUUUUGCCUCGACAAUACCCGAGCGCGAACCAGAACCAAUUUCAGAAACUAUCAUUCCCCCCGUGGUACCUCCUGGUGAGGUUACUGUCGAAAGCCUUCCAUUCUUGCACUCAGGGCCUCCAACGCCUAUUUCAGAUAUGGAUGUAUACCAUGAGAACAUUGCAACACAAAAUCGUCUUAAAGGCACGUUCAGCACAGAACUUUCAAAGGUGCAAGCGGAAGUUUUCAGGAAAAACGCAGUUCUUAGGGACGAGUACGUAUCUCACUACAAGCUCUGGCGAAUGGCUAUCUGGGAGCUCGAUCGUAUGAAGGACAAGAAGUCCGUGACUCCUGGUCCAGCGUCUCCCCCAGUGUCCACGGUUCCAACUACCCCAGCACCCAUGCCGGAAGGCCGUGAAGGUCGUCGGUACAAAGGAAAUAGCGAGCUUGAUUUUCUCAAUGCUUUGAAGGCCUCCGAAAUCUCCGCCCAAGAAGAGAUUGAACGUCGACGAAUCAAGAUGGCUACUGCUCGGCCCGAUUUGGGCCGUGAAGCGGUCAUUCCGAACAUGCUCGAGCCGCGGGAGGUAAAGGCUCGCAUCUACAAAGAUGUGAACAACACCAUUGAGUGCAAUAGGGCUUUGGAUGUUUUUGGCUUUGUGCCGCCCCCUAAUGACUUCACCCCGGAGGAGCACGUAAUCUUUACAGACGCCUUCAUGGCUCAUCCGAAACGGUGGGGCAAGAUUGCCGAAUCUUUGCCCGGUCGAAAUUUCCAGCAGUGUAUUGUACACUAUUAUCUCACCAAGGAAGAGAUUAAGUACAAGGCCAAGCUCAACAAACGCUGGAGUAAGCGGGGCAAGGGGACUCGAAAGGGUCCACGACCGAAGUCCAACGCUCUCAUCGCAGACUUGGGUGUGGUGAAACCUGACUUUGUUGGCGAGGAGGAGCCACCCGCUGUCACAGACACCGGUCGUCCGCGACGAGCGGCCGCGCCCACCUUUGGCGAUUCCACCGAGGUAGAGAGCGCGCCAGUUGGCCGUCGGGUCCAACUUGGCAAGGACGGCGAGCCAGUGGAAAGAUCGUCGACUCGGCGUGGCGGACGGGGCGGAGGUACUCGCGGUGGACGGCGCGUGAAGACCGCCACUCAACCGGAUCCGAAGGCCCAGGCGGUAAUGCCACAGGGCAAUCUGCCUCCGAUCGUACCGCCAGCACCACUUCACCCUGGAAGCGAGAUGGAGUUGGUUUCAGAUCACGUCUUGGAAGGGUAUGAGGCCCGGGAACGAGAGCGUUCUGAAAAAGAAUCCUUACCGCCAAUUCCGCGAGGCAGGGUGGGACGAGGGCGAGCGAAAGAAGGAGUUUAUGUCUUUGAGUCUACUGAGGUUGAACCGUCUCUGGCAACCAAACAGCUCGAGUCGGGAUAUGGCUCUUUGCAGCCAACGAGUUACUGGUCUGUACCGGAGCAGCGCGAUUUCCCAGCCUUGCUGGCGCAUUUUGGUCGUGAUUUCGAGGGUAUCUCGGCCUUUAUGAAGACCAAGACAACGGUGAUGGUCAAAAACUUCUAUCAACGUCGUCUGGACUCAGGCCAGAAAGACUUUGAGUUGAUUCUAACAGAUGCAGAGGAGAAGAAGGCUCGCGGUGAGGCCACAGGGCCGGUUCCUAUUCCAAGUGUUGCGCCAAAGAGACGAUACGAGGCAACUCCGUCUUCUAUCAUCCCUCGUCCACUUGCCCCUCAUGGGGAUCCUAUGACUGAGGUUGAUGAAAUACGAUUCCCUAAAGGCAAGCCUGUUGGUCUCUCGCCACAGCCCAUGUCCCUACAUGGACGACCUCCGUCCGACAAGGACCGGAAUGUCGGUCGCUACCAGCCGCUUGCACAAGCUUCCGCCGCUUCACCAGUGCCCUCUACCGCGACUCUAAUCGAAGAGUCAACUCGUGCAAUUCGCGCGCAGGGAGGACCAUCCCACCGCAUUCAGGGCCCACGCCUUGGGUAUUUUACAGAGGAGAGACGAGAAUCUUCGGUAUUGCCCCAUGCCACUUCUCGUGCGCAAGAACUACCGAUGUCCUCGCGCCAUCCUGGCUCCGUGCCAACGGAGAUGGCACGGAUGGAACCUUUGUCCGCACAGGCCUAUAUGCCCGCACAGCAGCCAACUUCUCUCCUUUCAUCGACCCAUUCGCGUCAUGCCAGCUUAACCCAAACCCCUGGCUCGCCAACCCAGCAGCUUAGACCAGAACUCGACAUCUCGUCUGUUCACCGCGAUCCCUUUGCCCAGAUACCCUAUUACUCGCUCGCAGGUCAACCCAUGGGUCUAGCCCAGUCUCCUCGCCCUGGGUUGUCGCCAGUGAAGGAUGUCCCUCGCCCGAGUGCUACUCCUGCUCCCGAUGCAACUCGCCAGGUGCCUGCCAAACGGUCUAAUAUCAUGAGCAUCCUCAAUGAUGAACCUGAAGAGCCUCAGCCGCGCAAACGGUUCGCCAGCGAGCAGGCUCCAUUUGCCCCUGGCGCAACCCCAGGCAUAAACCCAAGGCCCGUAUACCAGGCCAGCGGACCCCCUCGCCACGAAGACAGUAUUAUGCCAAGUAUGCCACAAAAGCCUUCUGGUUACGCCCAGCAAAGCCAAUAUCAGACAUCGUCUCGCGGCCACUCAGAGUAUCCUGGCUAUGGACCCCCUCAUGGUGGCUCGGGCACAUCGGCGAAUAAUGACUGGAUGGCACGGUUUGAUCCACGGGCGCAACAAACUCCGCCGCAGCCUCAAGCCCAAUCACUGCCACCACAGCAACAACAAAGCGGCCGUCAGGGUUCCUAUUCAUCUUACGCGGCAACCCCGAGCCAAUCUUCCUUGACGAAUCUUCCCGCGCCAUCCCCAGCGCCGACUCCCCCGCCAACAAAUGCCUCUCAACGAUCGGCUUAUCCCAACGUUUUCUCCCAAGGGUCUUCUGCUCAACCGCCCACGGCCUCUGGCUCCCGGGAUGUGGCCUCGCAGCCGGCUUCCUAUCGACCAGGGUCACCUGGCCCGCGUUCUAGUAUGGCAUAUGUGUCGCGACAAGAUCCACCGACGCCAGCGCAGUCUUCGGCUAGCCUGUAUGGUAUGCAUCCGCGUCAGUCAGCAACGCCAAAUCCAGUACAGCCACACAGCUAUCAACAACAUGUGCAAACAAUGGUCAGUGGGUCGCAUCAGCCGCAAUCCCACCGCUCAACACCUGUCAACUUAGCCGGUGCUUCUUCGCAGUACGGACAUAACACCCCUCCUCCCCAGUCCCAGUCUGGCCGGUCAAUGGCAUCGCUGGCGAGCCUCGGUCGUUCAUACACCCCUCCGUCGGCUCUACAUCCUUCUAUGAGCGGGGGCACCAUGGGAAGCUAUGCUCCCCCUCAGUCGUCCGCGCCUGGAUCGAUACCGCCGCUCCAACAACGACCUGCAGGAUCGCUUGGUGACACUGUUUCCACCCCGACACAUCACCGUGUCUACAGCCAUGGGUCGGCUCAAGGUGGGCUACCGCCGCCUUCGCAACCUCCUCGCUAG